AAGACGUCAAUUUUAUUUAAACUCUGAUUUGUCGCCGCAGCCCGCAGGAAACCGAAAUCCGGCCGGAGAUGGUAUUGGGGGAAUUAGGAGGGGGCAUAGCCCGCGCAAUCUAGAGCGUGAACAGGGCGACAAUAGUCAACGACCAAGUAUUGACCGACUGCCUCAACCAAAUCAGCCGACCUCUUCUUCAAGCAGACGUUCAAUUCAAGCUUGUUCGUGAUGUGCAGGCCAAUAUCAAGUCCGGUGUCGACCUCCACAACCUACCUGCAGGCCAUAACAAGCGCAAAAUCAUUCACCAGGCAAUAUUUAAGGGGCUCUGUAACAUGAUGGAUCCUGGCAAGCCUUUUUUUACUCCAAAAAAGGGGCAAACAUGUGUCGUUAUGUUUGUUGGUUUGCAGGGUUCUGGAAAGACAACAACGUGUACAAAGUACGCGUAUUAUCAUCAGAAAAAAGGCUGGAAACCUGCCCUGGUAUGUGCCGAUACUUUCAGAGCAGGAGCUUUUGAUCAGCUCAAGCAAAACGCAACAAAAGCUAAUAAGAUUCCCUUCCAUGGGAGUUAUACCGAACCCGAUCCCGUGAAGAUUGCUGUGGAAGGUGUGGAGAGAUUCAAGAAAGAAAAUCGUGAUCUCAUUAUUGUUGACACCAGCGGGCGCCACAAACAAGAAGCUUCUCUCUUUGAAGAAAUGCGCCAAGUUUAUGAGGCAACCCAGCCAGAUCUGGUUGUGUUUGUCAUGGAUGGAAGCAUUGGUCAAGCUGCGUUUAAUCAAGCUCAUGCUUUUAAGCAAACUGUUGAGGUUGGAGCUGUUAUUGUCACCAAAAUGGAUGGCCAUGCAAAGGGUGGUGGCACUCUUAGUGCCAUUGCAGCAACAAAGAGUCCCGUUAUAUUCAUCGGAACAGGAGAACAUGUGAAUGAUUUUGAAGUUUUUGAUGUCAAGCCUUUUGUUAAUCGCCUUCUAGGUAUUUAUUUAUUUAUUUAUUUAUUUAUUUAUUUAUUUAUUUAUUUAUUUAUUUAUUUAUUUAUUUAUUUAUUUAUUUAUUUAUUUAUUUAUUUAUUUAGUAUACUAUACCUUCUCUUGGGUUCUCUCGGGUUACUUUUUAAAUUUUUUCAAAGUUUAUCUGUUUGUACUUUGUACUUGUUAACUACGGAGUACUAAUUAAUAAUGAUUAUUUUCUUCUUUAUUUAGGGAUGGGAGACCCGAAUGGAAUCAGGGACAGGUUUCAAGAGGCUGUUCCGGUGGAUCAACAACCUCAAUUUCUGCAAAAACUCUCAGAAGGAAAUUUUACAUUGAGAAGUUUUUAUGAGCUAUUGCAGAGUUCUCAAACUUGGCCCGUUAAACAAGAUAUCCUCAAUGCUUCCGCAACGCUUUGCUGAAUCAUUGGUGCCGAAAGGCAAUGAGAAAGAAAGCCAAGAUGCCAUGAUCAAACGUUACACAGUCAUGAUGGAAUCGAUGACCAAUCAAGAAUUAGAUAACCCAAAACUGCUCAUGAAUUUGUCGUCCCGAGUAAUGAGAAUUGCCCGAGGCUGCGGUCGCCAGGUUGAAGAAGUAACGGCGAUGUUGCAGGAAUACAAGAAUCUUGCCAAAGAGUUUUCCAAGAUUCCUAAGAAAUCAAAGAACAUAGGACAACAAAUGAGCAGUUUGAUCCCUCCACAGAUGCUGAAGCAGAUUGGAGGCAUGGGUGGCUUGAAAACACUGAUGAGACAAAUGGGCGUAAAUAAUUAAGAUUGUGUAUUACGUAGUAUUAACAUAGCAUAUGAAUUAUUUUGUAUCAUAUCAUUCAUUGAACCCAUUUUUUUAGCUUGUUACAGUUUAUCAGUCAACUCUUAUACUAAACACCAAACUAAAGAUUUCAUUUGUUAAAAAAAAAAGUAAAAAACAAAAAAAAG